GACACUCUCCGGUUUGCCGAAUUCGAAGAUUUCCCCGAGACCUCAGAGCCUGUUUGGAUUCUGGGCAGAAAAUACAGCAUUUUCACAGAGAAGGACGAAAUCUUGUCUGAUGUGGCAUCCAGACUCUGGUUUACAUACAGGAGAAACUUUCCAGCCAUUGGGGGAACUGGCCCUACCUCAGACACAGGCUGGGGCUGCAUGCUUCGCUGUGGACAGAUGAUCUUUGCUCAGGCUCUUGUAUGCCGGCAUCUUGGUCGAGACUGGAGAUGGACUCAGCGGAAGAGACAGCCUGACAGUUACUUCAACGUCCUCAAUGCUUUCCUCGACAGGAAGGACAGCUACUACUCCAUCCACCAGAUAGCGCAAAUGGGAGUUGGCGAAGGCAAGUCUAUAGGCCAGUGGUACGGGCCGAACACUGUUGCCCAGGUCCUCAAGAAGCUUGCUGUAUUCGACACGUGGAGUUCUUUGGCUGUUCACAUAGCAAUGGACAACACUGUGGUGAUGGAGGAGAUCAGAAGGUUGUGCAGGGCCAGCCUUCCCUGUGCAGGGGCUGCUGCAUUUCCCACAGACUCAGAGCGGCACUGUAAUGGGUUCCCUGCUGGAGCUGAAGUCGCCAACAGGCCAUUGGCCUGGAGACCUCUUGUGCUCCUCAUUCCUCUCCGCCUGGGACUUACAGACAUCAAUGAGGCCUAUGUGGAGACGCUGAAGCACUGUUUCAUGAUGCCCCAGUCCCUGGGUGUUAUCGGAGGGAAGCCCAACAGUGCCCACUACUUUAUUGGCUAUGUGGGUGAGGAGCUCAUCUAUCUGGACCCCCAUACUACGCAGCCCGCAGUGGAGCUGACUGACAGCUGCUUUAUCCCUGAUGAGAGCUUCCACUGCCAACACCCCCCCUGCAGGAUGGGCAUCGGAGAGCUCGACCCAUCCAUUGCUGUGGGAUUUUUCUGUGAGACUGAGGAAGACUUUAAUGAUUGGUGUCAACAAGUCAAAAAGCUAUCCCUGCUUGGUGGUGCCCUGCCCAUGUUUGAGCUGGUGGAACAGCAGCCUUCCCAUCUGGUCUGCCAGGAUGUCCUAAACCUGUCCCUAGAUUCUUCUGAUGUAGAGAGGCUGGAGAGGUUCUUUGACUCUGAAGAUGAAGACUUUGAAAUCUUAACCCUCUGAAAGUCCUGGGGUUGGGGAAUGGCCUCCAUGGCCCUCAUUGGGGUGCUUUGAGAACCCAGACUGCCUUGGGCACUCAGUGUCCCCGCAUUCCAUCCACCCAGCCCACCCCUGCCGAGUGCUGUGCGCCUGUGCCACCUCUGUCCAGAGGGCCUGCUCUGCUCAUGGACCAAGGACUGCGGUGCUUGGAGGCCUUACUGCUUGGAGUCAGACUGCCUAACCCCAAACACACCAAGGGCCUGUCCACAUAAGAAGGCCUAGUCAGGAAGAGCCGCGGGUCAGGAGCUUCCAGAGUUCUCACUUGACACUGCCAGCCCUGGUCAGCACGUCAGCUUUGGUCCUGCUUUCUCCUGGGCACCUGGGUCUGUGGUUUAUUUGGCAUUAAAGCCCUGUUUGAAGUUGUUUAACAAAGACAUGAAUUUCUGGGGCACUUCCCAGGUCAGGGUUCAAGGCCUGCAGGUUGACGAGUACAGAGAGACAGCCACAGCAUGGCCUCAUUCCGCUGGGCAGGGUGAGCUCUGGGCUGUCUCCUCCACCCAGUGUGAUUAUCAAGGGCUACCUCAGUGGGAGAACAUAUGGAAAGAACUACAGCAAGGCUGCUACUUGCUUUGGAGAGAAAGUAUUCCAGUGGGGAAUGCGGAAAACCCAAAGAAGACAGUGUGUGGGCAGUGUGGACACCUGAGCCAUGGGGCAGCUGACAAGCUCCCAGGGCAUCUGGAGCCGUGGUCCUAAGGUUCCCCAUUAGGACCUCACUAGGGAAGAGGUUUGUUUCCUGUAAGGGGCUGAUGCAUUUUCCAGUCACACUGCCUGCUGCUGUUAGCUUUCCACCUUAGGAGGGCUUCCCCCUGGGAGGAGAAGAGGGGAGCAGAGCUACUCUUCGCUUGUGACACUGUGCCUGCUGGUGGUAGGGUGCACACUGCUACUUGAGCCUAACAUGUUCUUGCCCUUCUCAGAAACCCUCCAGGGUAACAGAAUUUUAGAUGGUUUGGGGCCAGAAAUGCUAAAGAGCUAUGGCUCUUGGUGCAUGGUAGACAUUUAAACAGCAGGGAGCUCCAGGCGCUAGCAGGCAGUGUCCAGACCCUCCUUGGCACUCGCUUCCAUAUCUGCCACCUCCUCACCCUGGCUUUCUGGGCCUUCAAGCUUUGAUGCUCUAGGACUACUGUCUUAGAGGCCUUCCCUCCCCUAGGAGAUAUGACAGGGCAUGACAGCGUGGGAUGGCCCUUGUAGGAGCUUUUGCAUAAAGCCCUUUCCUAGGAGCCUCCCUACUAAUGGGUGGAGCCGGAGCUGCUCCUUGAUGGCCUAUGCCAGAUAAGGCAACUCUUCAGUGGCCCACAAAGUAACAAGGGAUACCCCCCUGCUCACCAAGUGGUUAACGUAAUUUAUUUCCUCUUACUCUUUCUCCUACAUCUGGUUCCUUAGCUUCAGGUGGGAUGGGGCUGGGGGGAAGGCCAGGACAGUUUCCAUUCCUCUGGAGCUCUACUUCCUGGGUCCAGUAGCCAUUGUGCUAUGACCCAGGGUCUUGCUGAUGGUACCAAGGAUGGAUGUGUAGAACACCACAACCUGAGGGAACUCUCAGGGCUUGAGAAAGGCUUCCUGAGGUUGUUCAUUCUUAGUAGUGUAGUUUGCAAUUCUUAAUGGUAAAUAAUAAGUUUCAGUAGAAAACAAA